UUCACAGAAAGCAAGACAAAUGAACAAAGCUUUAAGAUUAAAAUGAUACCGAAAACUCUAUAUGCCCAAAAAUUGACGAACACCGGAUUCCACCGUGUCGGGACACAUGUAAGUCGUCCACCUGUCUAUGACUAAGACGACCACUUUUCUUCUCAACAAGUUUGAUUGUAUAUUCUUUCUGGUUUCCUCAGAUUGUAAAAAUAUACCUUAGACUCAUCCGACUUCAUUGUCAUAACCUUUGUCAUGGGUACGUGGCACGUGUUUAUGGAGGCUAUGGUUGUUCUCCUGCUCGUCAUGCCUGAACCAUCUGUUGGCCGCUCCUGGUGGAUGGGGAACACUGAAAACUUGUCUUGUCCUUGCAGCAGGCUUGAAUGGUGUCAGCCGAUCAGCACCAAGACUGAAAAGGAGGUGUUUGCUUUUUCAUUGAGGAAUGAAGAAAGCCACUGGGAGCUCUUUGAUUGGUCAAAGUUGACCACAGUGGUGAUGUUUGGCUAUGUAAACCAGAGCCUGAUGUGUUUGGCCCACUCUCAUGGUGUGCGUGCAGUUAUUCUGGGUGAAAUCAGCACGUCUGAAAUGGUGUCACCAAGUCUUCGAAAAGAAUGGGUUAAAGAAUUGUUGACAAAGAUUAGUGAAAAUUUCUUGGACGGUGUGAACUUUGACUACGAGAAUGAAGUACUGAAGAAUGAAACAAUGAUCAGGGAUGCCUACACAAGCACUGUCCGUGAGACGAAUGAUGCACUGAAGGCUGUGAAUCCAAACUAUCAGGUCUCUGUGGAUGUGGCCUGGAAACCUAAUGUGGACAGUCGCUUCUUUGAUUACCCUGGCUUGGCUAAUGCUUCUGACUUUCUAUUUGUGAUGGCGUAUGACGAGCAAAGCCAGAUCUUUGGGGAGUGUGUGGGUGGGCCCAACUCUGACCUGAGGAGCGCUGAUCUAGGUCUGGAGAUUUAUAUGAGAGACCCAGCCUAUAGGAUUGCCCCAAGUAAACUGGUCCUAGGGUUACCAUGGUAUGGCUACUCGUAUGAGUGCAUACAGCUGAAAGGGGACAGUUGCUUCAUCAAGAAAGUUCCAUUUAGAGGAGUCAACUGCAGUGACGCAGCAGGAAGACAGUAUGAUUAUGGCCUCAUCUAUGAAGUGUUGAUGACCAUGCCAGAGAGAUACAAAUGGAAUGCUUCUAGUUCUACACCGUACUUCACAUACACGGAUGAGAUUUAUGGCACAACAUACCAGGUGCAGUUUGAUGACCCACACAGUCUGUCACUGAAGUGCAAACUGGCAAAACAGAAAGGUCUGCGUGGGGUCGGCAUGUGGAACAUUGACAGCCUGGACUACACCGAUUCUGCGACAGGGGAGCACAUACGCAGCGAGAUGUUUGGAGCGUUCUCUGCUUUUCUCUAGAAUAUGUCGAGAAGACCUGUUCACAAUGAGAGAGACACCUUUGCUGGCUUUCCUUGUUUAUUUAUUUAUUCCCAGUGAUGAUUAUAUUUUCCUGAUUUGCUCUAUCAUUGCUAGUAACACAGAUGCAUUAUUUUUGUUACACUUUGUAGCAAGUGCUACUUGUAAAUAAAUGGCUAACAUUCUCAAUCCUUUUCACAUCAAAUUAUGUUUUUUUGAAAGGUACUUUACCUUAUUGUACUCAGUUUGCUGGUUUUCAAAAUGCUAAGCCAGCCUGACAGUUGGUAGAUGUGAAACUUGUAAAUGAUAGUGGCAUGUUCAUAACAUGCUGCCAUGCAGCAGUAUUCUGUCUGGAACUAAGAUGAGGGGAAAAAGUGAAACAGGUGGUCAGGUAAGUUACUUUGAAGCCAAGUGAGCCUUCUUUUUGAAGAGGGUACAAGACCAAAAAGAAGUACUACUUAAUCCUGAUAUACUUGUGUUUACGUCAGUCAGUUUAGUGUGUGCAGGGGAGAGGAUGUGGGUUUUUCGAUUGUAAGGUGCAAUAUCAGUGAUUGCAUGAUUAUUUCACACAUCUGUGAGAGAGAAUUGAAUGGUUUGCUUUUGUUAAGUUUUGGCAACCUACAAGGCUCAAAAAGAUUGUAUAUAUAUGUGGGCCCCAGAUUGUUGAAUGUACUAAGUCUACACUUUGCUGAACCAGACACUUGAUGAACACAUUUCUGUAUAAGAGGGAUGUUUGGCAGGUGUUCUGGUAUGGUUUGGUCCUACUUUCCUAUCAAACAUCCGCCGUCUUUAUCGCUCCUUCUUUUCUUUGUAUGUUGUUGUGUAGUAGUACAUUUUAUCUUCGGCACUCUUUUGACAUAUUUGUGUUGGAAGUGCCAUAAAAUUCUUACUAACAUUGAACAAAUUGAUAAAAGAAGGCUGUACAGAGGAUAAAGUUCAAAUAACCAAGGAGAAAACCUGCUUCUCCUGUGCCGGAGAGUUUGGUGUAGUAUGAGAGCUUAUGGUGUCAUAUGAGUGGCAUAUAUAUUACAAUCAGAAGUGUCAAAUCCUGUUUUGGUGUGACAGUGACAGCAUUCUAUCUAUGUUUCCUGAUGGUUGUGGUGGGAUCAGGAUAAGGAGAACUGGGCCACUGGGUAUUUGUGUUGAGGUCGAGUCUUAUUCUGACCAGUCCUGCCUACACCAGCUGUUGAAUAUUUUCUAUGUUUUUGAUAAAAGUGCCAACCUUGUUUUUGGGGUACGUUUAUUUGUUCUUUGACAUGUGGUGGAAAUGUGAAUAAUGUGAAUGCGAACAUGUUUAAUUUUAUGUGAAAGUGAAAGUAAUGGCGGUGUAGUAAUUCACUGGUGUUAAGCUCUAACCAUGUCACAGUUUGUUUUGGGUUUUCUGAACUUGGGCUGGGUGAGGCUUUUGGCCACAAUCAAAUGUGGAAGCCACCCUUACAUUAAUGCUAAUUUGCAAGUUUUUAUUUUGUGCUUGUCUAACUCUAUUCCUUUGAUUUGAUAAUGUAUAGGUAUUAGUAUUACACCAAGCCAAAUUGUGGCUCACAAUAGCAAAAUGAUGUGAGCAAAGAUUAACCUCAUGUUUUUGACUCAUGUUUUUGAGUUAAUGUAAACUUUUGCAUGGUAUUAAUAUUGUCAAGGGGAAAUUUAUUUAAAAGCAAUGCGUUUUGAUAAGGAGUACUAAUAUUUUUAAAGCACUGAAAUAUCACUUACAGUUGCUGCUCUACAGCUGCAGUCUCCUUUGUUAGAGACAAAUACCUCAUUUUUAUUCACUGCUUGAUGUCGAUUCUUUAAAGAAAUUUUACAUGUGAUUUUUUUACUGCUGAUUAUCCUCAUAUUGAACAUUGAAAUCUGCUCUAUCCUUCAGAACUUUAUUGCAACUUCUGUUAUGUUUAAACUUUUAUAAGUCGGCACAUCUACUGACCCAAUGCUGGCUUUGUGCCACUGCUCGUCUAUUCAGUAGACACUGAGUGUACCGGUAUUCAAA